AUGAAGGUAGCAAACCUGCUCGGCCUGCUUCAAGAACUUCGAGAUCAGAUCGUACAACAAGCAUUCCAGGCCGAGUACUUCGUUGAUACGAUCGCCAACGAUGCAUGUCAUCCUGUAGUUCCUUCAGCUGGCCUACUCCUGGCAUCCAGACAAAUGUACGAUGAGGCCAAUACUUCGUAUACGAUAGCCUUGCGGCGCUUCUGGCUUGUUAAUACGCAGAAGGGCAAUGACGAUUUCCGCGAGAGUGAAAUCGAGUCGCAGUCGCAACAGAUGUGCGUACCACUUCAUCGGAACCACGAGCAUGUCAAUAUAUGCUUAAACUUCCAACCAGCCACGUUCGACAAGAAUGGUUCAAUGGAGCUGCCGCAGCGAGUCAACGUUACACUCUUCCCGAGGAUGUAUUUGGACACAGCAAGGAGGCAAUCGAUGCCCUUCAGGCUAGCGCACGAUCAAGUCGAACUCCUUGCAAAUCAGGCUCAGACCACCAAGUCUACUAUGGAUGCCUAUCCUGAAGUUGAUACUAAUCUGAAUGCUCAAACGCCGCCAGACCCAGGCUGGAGCUUCUGCACAACGUCAGAGACUGGCUUCGUGCACGGUGUCCACCAUCUCACGAAUGCUUUGAACGAGACCACAAGCAUGCUUCCCAACCAGUCGAAGGAUCAUCAAGCGACCGUAUUUCUUGGUCUAGCAUCCCAGGUGCAAGAUCUGUGUGGUCCGAGUACGGCUGGCAAAGCCACUCCUUCCCUGCUCAUCAUCUGCAUCGUUAUCACCAUCAUCGACAGCAUCACGCGUCGCCACUAA